AUGGCAACAGCCCCAAUAGCGAUUGAGCACUGUCUGAAGAGAACACAGCCAAAUGGGCCAGACUGCUCAUUGUCUGGGGGAAGGUUGUGUGUUUGCAUCUGCUGUCAAGAGAUCGCAAGCCCACAAACUCCAUCACGUUUUCUUGCGAGGACAGUAGGGGCCCUUGGGUUGGUUGCUGUUUGGUGUAUGGCUAGUCCCUCUUGGGUUGAUGUGCAGGUUGGUGUUGGUGAUGACCUGGCCCAAAGUUAUGAUGGAGUGUUUCCUUGCCACAACAUCAGUGUCUCGGAUACUGCGCCCGCUGAUCUGUGGCAUUUCAAUGAAUGUUUUGAGUUCAUGGAUGCCUCACAAAAGUGUGGGGGUGUGCACCACUAUGCUGCUCAGUUUGUUGCGUGCUUGCGGUUGUCUGUGUUUUGCUCACAACCACCCCUAUGCAGGAUAACGUCAACCUGA